AGCAGUGAAAUUUUAGAUUUAUGUUAAAAUUUGUCAUGUGAUGCUUUAUAAAUAUAUUCUCAUUGCCAUUACACACCUUGACAAAAAAUAUGAUUACUAAUUAAUGUGAUUUAAUAUAAUAUUAUGAAGCAUUUAUAGCUCAAAACACCAUUUUUGUUAAUGUCCCACACCUGUGGUCUCAAUGUUGAGAUACAUAAAAUAAGCUAAUUUAAUUACAAUUUGACAUUAUUUCAAAUGGAAUUGUUGAAUAUACAGAUUAAUUUAAAUCAUCUUAAAAUUCUUUGUAUUAUUUACUGAUCACUUUUAUGAUUUUUUUAACUAAAUGUGCCUGUCCCACACUUUUGAGUCCUUACCGCGACAAUGAAGAAAAGCUUUUAUUAUGAAAUUUUAUCAAACACAAACAAGUCUAGUUUCUAUGGAAACAGAAAUUAUCACAUGAUCACAUUGCUGACAGACUGGGCCACCACACUACUUCACUCAGAAGAUGCCAAAAAAUUAAGUGCGCAUGCGGGGUGUGAGUAAUUACAGAUGGGAUGGUGCGAGGAGCUUUCAGCGGGACUGCCACACACUGCCUGCGGGACAGACCGCGAGGAGGACACCGGCUAGUGUCAAAGAGCCAGUCGCUGUCAUCUAAACCGGCCUGACCGACCCACAUCCAUAUAGAGCGAUGGCAGAUGAGGAACUGGUGAAGAAGAUGAUACGGGCGGUGCUCCAGUCCAGUAAGAGUGGUGUGUCACUGUCCGACCUGCAGGUAGAAUAUAAAGACCUGACGGGUGAGCUCAUACCGCAUAAACAGAUGGGCUAUGCCACACUGGAUGCCCUCCUGCACAGCAUGCCUUCGGUCGUGAAACUGGAUAAAGGGCAGUCUGGAGAGGUGGUGUGCCAUGCUACCACAGGGAACGAGAUGGCCCACAUUGCUAAGCUUGCGGCCCGUCAGCGCACGGCAAAGAAGACCGGCCGUCCUCAGAUGGUGAACUGUCAAAUGAGAGUCAAACCUGCAGCUCCUCUUUUGCUGAACGCAAAGCCUAGGACAUCUCUGAGACAGCCCGAUCACCGUGGACGUCUGGGACGAGGUGGAGGUCGUGGAGGGGGUCAUGGAGACUCUCGCACAGGAAGCAUGAGGGACUCCCAGCCUGAUGGGAAAGGCGGCAGACCCCACAACACACCCCCAAAUACACCCACAAGAAAACCCUCCCUUCCUUCAGAAAGAUCAGAGAAAAGGAUGACCCUUCCCUCCAGAUUCCAGAAAGAAGUCCAUACCCAUCUCUCCCGAAAUACCCCCUAUAACCUGAAUGAAAACACAACUCCAGCGAAACCCAGACUGCCUCAUUCUGCGCCUUACAGUCCCAAGCUGGUGCAGUCCCGUCUUCAAGAGGUUCUUAACAAGCACAGCAAUGGCCUCUGGGUAUCCAAGCUGCCUCAGCUGUACCGAGAGCAUUAUAAACAAGAGCUACCCAGUGAAGCCCUUAAAGAUCUGGAACACUGGACUCACAUUUGUACUGUUGAGAAACCAUGCAGCAGCAAACCUCAAGAGUUGCUUCUGUACCCUGCUAAAGAAUCUAGCCAGACUAGUGCUCCUACACCCACCACACAUGACAAAUCCCCAUCUCAUCACAAAAAACCUCAGAUUCAAAGAUCAUCUUCCACCUCCAAAUUAAGCUCUCCAGCGUCCCCCAAGGCUCUAUCCCCGGACCUCAAGCAGAAGCUUGGAGAGCUGCUCUUGAAAUACAGCAGCGGUCUGUGGGCCCAUGCUCUACCUAAACUCUAUCAGGACACAUAUAAAUGUAAGCUACCAGAGUUUGUGUUGGACCAGCUCAACCUGCUUUCAGAUAUAUGCACAAUAGACUACCCCAUGCCAGACAACCCCAAAAGGGCAAUUCUAUAUGCAAAAGUAGUGGAGGAUGAGAACCGUAACCAGUCGGGAUUGGCUGGCUCAAAGACGAAAGAGACAGCAGAGCUUCGUUUGAGCCAGACUGUUCCUCCUCUUGUCAUCCCUAAAGAGGAGUACCCUUCUGUCCUGGUGGUUGAAGCAAGUGACACAAACAACGUCAUUCUAAGGUACAUAGGUGAAGGUUACUCCAAGGAGCAGGAGAAGUUAGAAGAUGAAAUGAGAGAGUUCUAUGGGCAGGACAACACCAAGAUGGCUCUGACCUCACCAUCACCAGGUCAGCUGACUGCUGUACGUGCUGAGGAAGAGGAGGAGAUCCUCCGGGCACAAGUGUGUGAGGUUAUGGCCGACAAGGUCAAGGUGUACUACGUGGAUCAUGGCUUUUCCGAAGUCAUCAGCAAGAGCAAAGUACUUGAGUUACAUGAAAAGUUUUAUAGAUUGCCUUUUCAAGCCACCAAAUGUAGACUGGCAGGCCUGGAGUCAUUCAGUCAUGAGCAGGCAGUACUGAAGAGGUUUGAGUCCAUGGCCACUGGCAAGAUUCUGUUGGCUGAGAUCUUAGAGCGCGAGGAAGUGCCUCUGGUGGUGCUGUAUGACACAUCACAAGAUGAUGAUAUCAACAUCAAUGCUGCCUGUAUGAAAGCUCUGCAAGACAGAUCCUUAGAGAGUCCCUUAAAGGUGAACAGUGCCUAUAUGAAUGUGAGUGUGACCAGCGUUUGUUCAGAUGGGACGAUCUACUGUCAGGUGCCCUCCAGAGGCCUGACUAAACUCAACGAAAUUCUGGAGAAGACUGAAAACUACUUCCAUUCCCAGGUCACAUCAGAGUCACUGGUUUCACGGCCUUUCUGUGGCAAAAUCUGUUUGGCUCGAUAUAAAGGAAAAUGGUCCCGAGUUGAGAUAACAAACCUGCAUGGCAGCCGGGUGCUGGACAUCUUGUUUGUGGAUAUAGGCGUCCAAGCGUCGGUCGAGGUCAUUGAGUUGAGAGAGAUCCCACCUCCUUUGCUGCGGGACCUCAUAUCCACCCCGACCCAGGCACUGAAGUGUUGUUUGGCAGAUCUGCCUGUGAGCGGAGGCGCAUGGACUCCUGAUGCUGUACAGUGGCUGAGAGACACGGUUCUACACUGCAGUGACUGCAGCUUGAAGAUCGCUAAAGUGGAUGAGAACAAACGCCUUGCUCAUGUUUAUCUUUUCACCAGCAAGAACUUCCAUGACACAAGCAGCAGUUUAAACCAACAGCUGGCUGACUCUGAUCUGUGGAACCACCAGAAGGAUGUUUUCUUAAGCAGCAGAGGGCCUUUAAAAGCCCUGAAUGCCCCGACAAUUCAUGCCACCAUCCAGACCUCCAACGUCAGCACUGAUAGAGGGGAUAAAGCACCACACACACCCAAAAAGUUAUCUCCGCUGGGGAGCCAGGGCACACCUCCAGGCUCUCCGCCUGAACAGCUGGCUCUUCCACCAUUGCUGGAGUUGCCUGAGAUUGGGCAGAAUAUGGACGUGUUUAUUUCAGUGGCGUGCCAUCCUGGCCACUUUGUGCUACAGCCAUGGCAGGAUAUGUACAAACUGGUGGUUUUGAUGGGGGAGAUGAUUCUGCAUUAUAAUAAGAUGGAGGAGAAACCGCUCAAAGUAGAGAAGAACCAGGUUUGCGCUGCCAAGGUGGAAAACAACUGGUACCGUGUACUGGUGAAAGGAGUUCUGACCAAUGGUCUGGUCUCAGUGUUUCAGCUGGACUAUGGCAAACAUGAGCUGGUGAGCAGCACCCAGCUCCGGCCCCUCACCCAGGAGUUCUGCCAGCUCCCCUUCCAGGCCAUCACUGCUCAGCUGGCUGGUGUGAAACCCAGGCAGUGGUCUGAGGAGGCCUCCAUUGUGUUCAGGAACCACGUUGAGAAGAAGCCCCUGGUAGCCCAGCUGGAAUCAGUGCAGGAGGCAUCACAUCCCUGGGACCGUAAGGUGGUGAUCUAUUUGGUGGACACUUCACAAGAGGAACGGGACAUUUGGCUGCAUGACAUUAUGGCUGAAUUCACUGAUGAGAUGACCAAUGCAGCAUAGAAACCCUGGUUAAACAUUAGUGUUCUUAAAAGGUUCUCGUAAGGUUGUUCAUUAGUAUGCUAUAGAUUAAAGGUUUAUUUUUCCAAAUGUGACUUGGAUGCAGAUCCGCCUAAGCAAAUGUGAAUCAUAGAGUUUAAAGGUUAAACUUUUAGACAGAAGUAUUGCAAUUUACAGCAACUUAUAUGAUAAACUAGCAGGCACCUUUUCAAGGGUUUCGUGCUCUUCGCUAGCGGCGUUAACUCUGGCAUCUGUGCUUGGUGAGAGAGUAGGUAAUGCACUCCGUAGUACUUUAAAACAAAAUAGCUGUGGAGAUCCAUCGUCAGUGAAUUCAAGCUUUCAUCUGCUAUGGGACCUAAAGUUGAAUCAUGAUCACUACAGCUGUACCAAACCUUGAUGCUAUCAAUCAUUUCCCAUAAUGUAUUUGAAAACUGUGUGAAUACAUUAUGUAAGUUUGACUGUCCAGAUGAUGUGCUAUGUGGUGGCAUGCUUUAUGCUUUAAGUAUAGCAUGUUACAAAGCUGCCAGAUUACUACUUUAUAUGGUCCAAAAGAGACUAACAACGCACAGUGCUUUAACUUGCACAAAGCUGAUAGUGUCAUUACAAAAAUUGUUUACAUGAAGAUUUUUGGAGUCUAUAAUAGAGUAAAAGGCAAGAGGAACAACACAAGCUGUCCACGCUCUAGAUGUAUGUUUUUGAGCUCUGGUUUUAGCAUUAUUUAUUUAGCUUUUAUUUUAUUUGUGUCUUACUAAUAGUAUAGUGAAGGCAUGGAAUGUUUGGGGUUUGCUACAAUGUGACCAUCCAGUGUAUUUAAGGUAUUUUAAUAGUAAUGCCAUAGCACAUGAGUUUUAUUACCCGAAUAUGACCGUUAGACUUGAUCACUAAACCAUUGUUGGCAUGUAGGAUUUCAUCUGUGUUUUAACUACAGAUGCUUAAUAUUUUAGAGAUAAAAGUGGAAAAAUCAUUGGUAGUAGCCUUAUAUUUAAAUUUAAUAGAUUUUCUCUACCUUAAAAGUCAACAUGAAAUUAAAAUUGAAACAAUUUUCUUUAUUAAUAUACUUUUCUGGUCUUAUUGUGAAUGAAAAAAAAAAUGUUUUGCUAUCUUUCAUCAAAAUUAAAAAGCUGAUGCUAGGUGUGGGCGAUAUGGCAAAAAAAAAAAAUCAUAUCACAAUUUUUUUUUCUGGAAGGAUCACGAUUCUUUUUCAUGUUGGUUUUUAAGACUAUUUUGCAAGUCACAAAAAUUUAGCCUUACAAGGUAACAAAAGAAAAAAGAAUCACAGACCAUUUAGGCCAAAGUAGGGGUGGGUGAUACGACCAAAAUCUUAUUUCACUUGAUUUUAUUUCAUUAUUUUAUCUUUGUUAUUAAAAAUAAGAACAAAUAUGCAAAUGACAAAUAGGACAAAUACAAUAUAAGAUAAAAAUGAAAUAAACAGUACUUUAAUUUUUCAGCUACUGUAGGUGUAUCUAACAGUAGCAUUCAAGAAAUUGAAUAAACAAAUGAAAAAAUAAAACACUACAUUGACUUCACUGUAUGAAUUAAAAAUACACUGAUUCCUAUUAAAGCUACUGAAGUUAUUCAA